AUGAUGGCCAGCUACCCCGAGCCUGAAGACGACGCGGGGUCCCUACUGGCCCCAGAACCCGCCACGGGCCGCUCAGGCAAAGAUUCCGAACCCCGGGGACCCCGAGACUGCAAGGAGGAGCUGAGUCCAGAGAAGAGCGGAGGAGGCGGAGGGGUUCCGGAGAAGCCAGACCCCUCUCAAAAGCCCCCAUACUCGUAUGUGGCGCUAAUAGCUAUGGCCAUCCGUGAAAGCGCUGAGAAGCGGCUCACGCUGUCGGGCAUCUACCAGUACAUCAUCGGCAAGUUUCCUUUCUAUGAGAAGAACAAAAAGGGCUGGCAGAAUAGCAUCCGCCACAACCUGAGCCUCAACGAAUGCUUCAUCAAGGUGCCGCGCGAGGGCGGCGGCGAGAGGAAGGGCAACUACUGGACGCUGGACCCGGCCUGCGAGGACAUGUUCGAGAAGGGCAAUUACCGCCGCCGCCGGCGCAUGAAGCGGCCCUUCCGCCCACCGCCUGCUCACUUCCAGCCCGGCAAGGGUCUCUUUGGUCCCGGAGGCGCUGGGGCUGGAGGGGCGGGCGGCAGCGAUGGUUAUGGCUACCUGGCGCCUCCCAAGUACCUGCAGUCCGGCUUCCUCAACAACUCGUGGCCCCUUACCCAGCCGCCCUCUCCCAUGCCCUACGCGUCCUGCCAGAUGGCAGCGGCGGCAGCGGCUGCAGCUGCAGCAGCGGCGGCGGCGGCGGCCGGCCCUGGCAGCCCGGGAGGGGUAAAGGGGCUCCCCGGGGCCCCGGCCUCCUAUGGUCCCUACUCCCGGGUGCAAGGCAUGGCGCUGCCCGGCGUGGUGAACUCUUACAACGGCAUGGCGGGCCACCAUCCGGCGCCGCAUCCCCACCCUCACGCGCACCACCCCCACGCCCACCACCUGCACCCGGCUGCCGCUGCGGCUCAUCACCCGCCCCACCACCCGGCCGCAGCGCCCCCAGCCCAGCUUAGCCCGGCCAGUCCCACUGCCGCAGCGCCCCCGGCCCCCGCGCCCGCCCAGGCCAAUGCGACUGGUCCUCCGCCUGGCCUCCAGUUUGCUUGCGCCCGCCAGCCUGAUUUAUCCAUGAUGCACUGCUCCUAUUGGGACCACGACAGCAAACACAGCGCCCUGCACUCACGGAUAGACAUCUGA